UUGGUCCAAUUCUGAAUUCAAAAAUGGGUGAUCAUAUAUGCAAGUGACGCCCAGGAUUCUUAUCGGCAUUCGUAUAAAAGCUGAGAAAGAAUAGACUUGAUCAUAGUUUGAUUCGAACCGAUCAAAUAUUACGACUAAAAUGUUUGCCAAAAUCGUCCUCAUUGCCUUCGCUCUCUUCGCAGUAGCAUUCGCUGCACCAGAACCAAGGCCCCAAUUUGUUGUUCCAGCCGCCGCCGCUUACAGCGCAUACUCCUCGGCAUACUCAGCACCUUUGGCCUACUCUCCUUACUCCGCUUUGCCUUACUCAGGUUACUCUGGUGUCUACCCAAGCGUUUAUGGAGCUAUUCAACCUGGUGCUGUGAUUGUUUGAAUGUCUAAAUGAAUUGUUACUGAUACGUAUUAAGUUUUACGAAAAUUAUGUUUCUUCCUAUGUAAAUUUCUUUUUUGCGGAAUAAAUUCAUAAACACAA